UUUUAUAUAAAAGACUACAACUUUCAGGAAGGAGAGUCAGUUCGAUUUCGGUUUAUUAACUAGAACUCGUCCAUAAGAAAAAAAUAUUCCCCCCCCCCCUCAAAAAAGUGAACAAGAAAAAAGAUGUCUGCAGCGGGACCGGAAGUGGUGGUCGGAACGGUUGGUGCAACCGCUGCCACCGGACUUUCAGCAACCAGUGUAUUUUUAUCACUCCUCAUUCCUGCCUUGGUUUUAUAUUAUAUUUAUUUUCGAAUUUCACGAAGACAUCUCAUUGAACUUGCUGAGAAAAUUCCUGGACCCCCCGGUUUACCCAUUUUUGGCAAUGCUCUCGAAUUAAUUGGCAGUUCAGACGCAAUUUUCCGUAAAUUUUAUGAAAGAUCCUUCGAGUUUGAUCAGGUUAUUAAACUCUGGAUUGGACCAAAAUUGGUCGUCUUUUUGAUCGAUCCACGUGAUGUUGAAGUCAUUUUGUCGAGUAAUGUUUAUAUUGACAAAUCCAGUGAAUACCGAUUUUUCAAGCCAUGGUUGGGAAAUGGUCUUCUCAUCUCUUCUGGUCAAAAAUGGCGUGCUCAUCGUAAACUGAUUGCUCCCACUUUCCACUUGAAUGUCCUGAAAAGUUUCAUCGACCUCUUCAAUGCAAAUUCCCAUUGCGUUGUUGAGAAAAUGCGCAAGGAAGGAAACAAGGAAUUCGACAUUCACGAUUACAUGUCUGAGACAACUGUGGAAAUCCUCCUGGAAACUGCAAUGGGUGUCUCAAAAACCACCCAGGAUAAAAGUGGAUAUGAAUACGCCAUGGCUGUCAUGAAGAUGUGUGACAUUCUUCAUCUACGUCACACAAAAGUCUGGCUUCGACCUGACUGGCUCUUCAAUUUGACGAAAUACAGCAAGGAUCAGAUGCGUCUUCUUGACAUCAUUCAUGGACUCACUAAAAAAGUCAUCCAACGCAAGAAGGAGGACUACAAGAGUGGAAAGCGAGCUGUUAUUAAUCCAACCAUUGAGAACAGGACCAACGACAAGGAUACUAAGAAUACAAUUGUUGUGGAAGGUCUCUCCUUCGGUCAAGCUGCAGGUCUCAAGGAUGACUUGGAUGUUGAUGACAAUGAUGUAGGAGAAAAGAGGAGACUCGCCUUCCUUGACCUUUUGGUUGAAUCCGCCCAAAAGGGAGUUGUCCUCAACGAUCAAGAAGUAAAGGAACAAGUCGACACCAUCAUGUUUGAAGGUCACGACACAACAGCAGCAGGUUCCAGUUUCUUCCUCUCGAUGAUGGGAUGCCAUCCAGAGAUCCAAGAGAAGGUUAUCCAAGAAUUAGAUGAAAUCUUCGGUGAUAGUGAUAGACCUGCCACCUUCCAAGAUACCCUGGAGAUGAAGUAUCUGGAGCGUUGCCUUAUGGAGACUCUCCGAAUGUACCCACCAGUACCGAUCAUCGCUCGUGAAGUGAAAACUGAUUUAAAACUCGCAUCUGGAGAUUACAUCGUCCCAGCAGGAUGCACUGUCGUGGUCGCCACCAUAAAAUUGCACAGACAACCAAACAUCUAUCCAAAUCCAGAUGUCUUUAAUCCAGACAACUUCCUUCCAGAAAAGACUGCAAAUCGUCACUAUUAUGCCUUCGUUCCAUUCUCAGCAGGUCCUAGAUCAUGCGUAGGUCGUAAAUACGCAAUGUUGAAAUUGAAAAUCCUCCUGUCAACAAUCUUGAGGAACUUCCGGGUCCAAUCGACAGUUAAGGAAUGUGACUUCAGACUGCAAGCUGACAUCAUUCUUAAACGUGCCGAAGGCUUUAAAGUUAAAUUAGAACCCAGAAGAUCAAUGGCAAAGGCUCAUUAGAAAAAAAGAAAGAAUUACUUAAAUAUUAUGAAGCGUCUAUUAUGUAGUGUGUACGUAAGAAAGAACGUAAAGCGUUUAGCGAUUUAUAGUCACCAAUUUUUGCGAUCUAAACAAAAUCGGACAGCGUACACGUUUUUGUAAAAUAUUGUAAAUUAAUUUUUUUGCUUAGUUAACGUUUGAUACGUAUAGAAUUACUUAUUUCUUCUUGUAUUUUUUUUUUGUUGAUAUUUAAUUUCUGCAAAUAAAUUUCGUGCAGUUUAAAAACUGCAAGACGUAAAUAGAA